AUGCCUGAGUCUAUCGCCCACAAGCUUUUCCGCGGUACUCGAGCUAUCCUCAAGUACUGGAAGGAGCGCGGUAUCCUCGUGAAGAACAUCCGCUCUUAUGUCGCCACUUUGCGGUCGAUACCCGAGGGCAACUACCUUAUUGAGAUCGCCCUCAACGUUCAGUCCCUGAAGAUUCAGUGCGACAAGGUGAAGUGGGCUUCCGAGGCCCUCGCUGUUGAUGCCGCCGAGAUGGCCUAUGUCAACUCGAAGGGCAUCGCCUACUUCACCCGCACUAUCCCCCAGAUCUGCGACGAGGUCGGCCGUGACACCCGUCAGAUGGCCAAGACCCUCCAUGACCACAUCCACCGGCGUAUUGUCAACAUCUAUAGCUUCCCACGUUCGCUUGAUUUCAUUCACUCCACCAUGCCGCAUAUAAACCAAUCCGCCGUCUCCGCGUUCCGCAAGGCCCGCGACGACCUCGUCACCCUCCUGGAGCAACAGUCAAGAUUUCUCCGGCACGACAUCGAUAGCCGCGCCUACGUGAUCCCGAACCUGCGCUUCCAGCUCAUCCAGCACCUCGACAUCGUCGCCUCGCUCUCGAUGAAGAUGGCCGUCGACAGCCGCCAUCACCCCUACGUCCUGGUUCACCAGAGCGGCUUCUACAAGACUGUUGUUCCUAUGCACUGCGCCGCGCUGAAGUGCCAGUGUACUCAACUUGCGAAUCGACUGCGCGAUAACCUUUGCACUGAUGUCCCUAUAGGUUCUGGAAUUGGAUUAUUAUUUACUACAUACCUGGUUUAUUCUUCGGUUUUCUUUUCGUAUGUUCGACGUACCGCUUUUCUUCGACGUUAUGCCUCCCCGACCUGGCCCAAACGUGAGCGCGCGGCUUUCAUCUUCGAUUUGGAGACGCAGGCGAGAGUGCUUAGGGCGAAUCUCCAGGCUGGCGAGAUCGUUGCUGAGAGUCUACGUGAGCUUGUUUAUAGUGUUCAUCGGCUUAAGGAUGCUUCUAUGACAAUGGCUGUUGAUGCUCGUGCCAAUGCUUAUGUCCUGGCGAAACCGUACGGGUUUUAUAGCUACAAUGUGCCACGUAUAUGCAAUGAUCUUGUUGCUUGCUUAUUGCACUGGGUGGAUAUUCUUGUUAAUACUAAUGGGCGCAGUACGGAUGGGAUUGUUGUUGAUUCUAUUGAGGACAUGUUGGGUUCUUUAGGGUUUUGA